UCCUCCUUCCAUGUCGUUACCUGGGGAGCAUCUCAAGGAGUCAACAACAAACAGAUGGCUUCCUUUACAAGCCAGCCAUCAAGCCUCUGUCAAGUCUCCGCCGUAGUUUCCCUUUCAAAGAUCACAACAUAUCUACUCCAUCUACCAUCAUAGCUGCAACUUGGCAAAUCUCGAAUUCUCACCACCAUGCGACCCACCAUCUCUCUUCUCUACACAGCUACUGUGCUUAGCACACUCGGGCAAGCAUUUAGUCUCUGGGGUCAUUCAAAGCCCUUGAGUCUGCAGGAAAGGGCCAGUAUCUGGGGUCUGCCCGACUGUGCCAGCACUUGCGUGACUUCGAGUUUCGGAGGCUGCAACAACAUCGACGUCGAAUGCAUCUGCAGAAACAGAGAAUUCCUCGACAAUCUCGGCUGUUGCAUGUCCAAAGCCUGUAGCGAAACAGAUCAAGCUGCCGCCAUCGGAUUUGCCAACAACUUCUGCUCUGCCUACAGAGUCAGUGAUUUGCCCUCUGCUGCAACAUGUGCAUCGACUGCUGCGGCGACGACUACGGAUGAGAGUACUACACCGGCUCCCACACUCGACCCGUCUUCUCCGACUUCUUUGCUACCGGCAUUGAGUUCGGCAGCUUCGGCCGCUAUUGCUAAUGUUUCAAACGGCACAAACAUGACAGGAUAUAUUAGUACUCAGCGUGUUACUGUUACGGCGACUGUCACUGCUAGUAGUACAGGUCAGGCUCCUCGUGUUGCGGCUGAGGUCACGGGUUGGGCGUGGGGUGUUGGUGCUGUACUGGCUGCUGCUGCUGCUGCUGCUGCUGCUGCUGUAGCUGUCUGAAACUGUGGCUCGGCAAGGGUGUAACGGUACAAGCUAGGGAGGUCUUUCACCGGUGUCCUUCGUUGUCUCUUUGCAAAUGUAUACGUU